AUGUCAGUAAGACAAAUAGCACAAGAGUUAGCGCAGGUCCCGCCGGCCAGCAGGCUCCGACUCGCCUUUUUAGGAAAGAGGAGAUUUGAGACUACUCUGCUACCUAGCUUCUCGGCCAUAGAUCUGCCUGAUCGCUUGCCGGAUAGUCAUAUCACGAGAACAGCGAGUUGGCUGCCACCAUUGGAGAGCUGGUCCAUCGGAGAUAGCCGUGGCGAUGAAGAUGAGCUUCCGUACGGAUGGGAGCAGGCUUUGGACAGUAGAGGGAAGCCGUAUUAUAUAAAUCAUAUCAAUAAAACCACAACCUAUGUUGCGCCCGAGAGCAGAUCCAAUGAAACACCACCUGCUCCACGUGAUGUGGUACUGGAGAGGGAUCCUGAUCUUGGUUUCGGGUUCGUGGCAGGGUCUGAACGUCCUGUGCUCGUCAGAUUCGUUACUGACCACUCCCCUAGUGUUGGAAAGUUGGAACCCGGAGACCAAAUCCUGUGCGUCAACGGCGAAGACGUCAGUUUGGCUGCCCGAGAGCAUGUCAUAUCCGCCGUACGCGCCUGCACAGACAAAGUCACUUUACGGGUGUGCCAACCAGCUAGGAGUGGAAACCCAGCACGGAGAUCAGCUUUUCUUUCAGCAGCUAAACGAGCCAGACUAAGGGCCCGCCCACCGAGAGUCCGUUUUGCGGAUUCAGUACAACUAAAUGGAGCGCCGAUGUAUCCUCCAUCUGCAUUCUCCCUAGGCGACCUAUGUUUGCCACCGAUGGCGAAUGUCCUAAAGGUGUUCUUGGAGAAUGGUCAAACUAAAUCCUUUAAGUACGACGCUACCACUUCAGUAGCUGACGUGGUAACUAGCUUGAAGGAUAAGCUCUGCAUCACUGCCGAAGAACAUUUUAGCCUCGUUGUGGAACACGUGAAGAGUCUAAGGCGGAACAAGCUGACGUUGUUGGAUCCAAAUGAAUCGUUGGCAAGGAUUGCAGCUCGGCCCGGCUCCCACAAGAUGCGUUGCCUCUACCGUAUCGUCUUUAUGCCAACUUCAGCAGCGGAAUUAGCCCAAAAAGAUCUUGCAGCACUUGACUAUCUAUACAUGCAGAGCUGCAACGACGUAGCUCAGGACAGAUUUGCACCAGAAUUACAGCCUGAAGUUGCGUUGCGGUUGGCGGCUUUACAUAUACAUCAACAUGCGCUGGCGCAUAACCUCUCACCGGCUAAGCUGACUGUUAAGAGUGUGGAACGGGAAUUUGGUUUGGAGCGCUUCGUGGCGUGCAGCCUCUUGGAGAGUAUGAAAAGGAAGGAGUUGCGACGACUUCUUGCUCACUUUCUUAAGCUGAACUCACAGAUGACUGGUGGUCAGAGACAACUUACUCAGUUACAGGCGAAAUUGCAUUACCUGGACAUAGUGGGUGGGCUUCCAAGUUACGGCGCCAAAUGCUUUAGCAGCAGUCGACCUGAACGAGUGCUCUUGGUCUCACCGAGAUUUGGGCUCAGUCAAAUUGUCGGGAGAGGAAACUCUGUGCCACAAUCAAUAGCGUCUCUGCCAGAAGUGGAGAGCAUCCGGGUGAAAAGCGAAUACUCUGGAAGUGCCGAAGUGGGCAUCUUCUUGCAAAGGGACCGUGUCUUGGCGCUUCUCAUGGAUGAGAGGGAUGCCGAGGAGAUGCCGCUGGUUAUAGCUGGGUACUACAAACUUGCGACUGGUAAAGAACUACAUGUGGAACUGGAAAGAGAAAUAAUUAAUGAAGAUAUAGCUCCUCCAUAUUUAUCGCAGCACAAUGUUGUCCCCACAAAAUGGAAUUAUCUCAAUUAUGACGAUCCUCUCAUUCUCACAAAGAAGCACUUCGCUAUAUUCACAAUGCCUCCGCCAUACCAUUCCACACCAGAGCAAUCGAAAUCACUCGAUACAAACAUGAAUUCAAACAUCACGAACAGAAACAGUAGCAAUAACUCCAGCCCCCUGAUGGGUAAUAAACCUAACGAUUUACAUUUCGAAAAGUGUAAAUCGAGCGACAGUUUUAGAUUAUUCGAUCCGAACGAUACUUGCUUCCUAGACGACGGAAUGGGAUUCGAUCUCCAAAGCGUAUUGUCUAUGGAACUGUUGGAAAACGCCAACAACCCUCGACUCGUCGAAGCCAAAAACGAAGAAGUGCUCCGACGAGUAGCAGAAAUGCAGAAACUAGUUGAAAACUCAGAACAGUAUUUGACUGAAAACUGUGAUGUUUAUAAUGAAAACGGUACGUUAAGAGAUGAAUUAGUAGGUAGGGAAACGAGCGUAGAUCAAAUCGAAAGCGAUACCGAGUCGUGUAAUAGUAGAAUGUCCGCUGCCGAUGAUGCUCCUGGUAUUCUGAAACAUAGUGAUUCCUUAUUGUUACUCACUGAAACGAUUAAUCAGGGCUUAAGCGUCCUGAGUGUACCUGAUAGUAAAGACGCUGCUGACGAUUUAACUAGAAGACAGUCACAAGGUCUCAGCGCCAUAUUAAAUAAUUGUGGUUUAACUGAUGCUUUAUUAGCUCUGAAUAAUGAUAUGAUUUAUUCAGAAAGCGAUAAUGACUCAUCGUAUACCCCCACAAGCAGUCCCGUACGGAAGCAUCUCAAUAAACCGACCAAUAAGGCAGUACGAACUAGUUUUGGUUUGAUGAGUCCCGAUGUAAGCAGCGCCCAAGACAAUAAAGAACCGAAUUUAAAGGAAUAUUUAAAACAACUUAGAGAAAAAAGUAGUAGAGAAGACAAUGCUUCUCAACUUCCAUUUUUCUACCAAGAGUCAGUUGACAACGAUGCCGAGCUUAUAGAUUUAACGUUGAUACCUCCACCCCAAACUCCCGACGAAUUAGACUGUGCUUCGCAAGUGCCUCAAAUAUUGCCGGUAGUUCCGGCGUCGUUUGCUGACGAUAAGGAUUGUGUAGACGGUGGUACUUCAAAAACAAAUGAGUUAGAGGAAUUUAUUGCAACGGUCACAGUGCAGCCACCGACUGUUAAAAUAACACCAGCGAUAGAACUAACUCCUGAAGAAAUUAUGUCGUAUAUCAUUCCACCGCCGCCGACGAAUGCUUCGGAGCGUGCCAGCUAUGUUAAUCAGACUGAACUUAAAGAACAGAAGAAUGAACACAAAGCUCCGAAAGAUGUCAAACCGUCAAAUGGCGAUGUAACAAAGGGAGCUUUGAGCGUUAGUGAGAUUAGAAGUAUGUUUUCAGUAAAAACAUUGAGCGACGCUAGAAAUAGUUUAUUGUUAAAGGAGAAGAGCAAGCAGUCGAAGUCAGAUUCACCGAAGGGGAAAAGGAAAAGUAUAUCGGGAGAUAAGCAAACCAAUGGGAACGCACAUAUUAUUGAAUAUCCCACAGUCGAAAGGAAAGGUAUGUUUUCAUGUUGCAGUAAAGAUAAAAAUAGAAACGAAGAUAGCGACGAAACUGAACAAAUUGAUGGCCAAAUCCCUAAUUCUGAUUCCAUGCCUGAUGUUUGUGAAGUGAGACCACCUCCCAGAAGAAAAAGCACCGAAAUCAAAAAGGCUCCCGAAAGACCACCGAAAACCCCUCCGACGCCUGCUCCCCGACCUAGAUCUAAUUCCUUGACGUGUGUUAACAACGAGUUAACAGCGGUAGAGAUACCGAACAACCACUUUAAUACUUUGAAUAAUAGAAAGUUUAACUAUAAAGUGGUCUGCGAUAUGAACGCGCCCCAACAAAGUCCGCCCCAAAUACCACCUAGAUUAGAAAACAAAGUGUUGUCCCCUCCCCCUCCAAUAAUGUUACCGCCCAAAAAGCCCCCGUUACCCCCCGUCCCAAGUAUAGAAGUUUUACGAAUGAAAACUUCCCAGAAACUAUCACCGGUUCGAAACGUGGAACGGCACGCGAGCAUCGGCUCGCCGCACUUUCAAAGGAACCUCAGCACUUACAGAACCCUCGAAAUGGAAAGUAGAUUGACAGACGAUGAAUCCACGAUCCGGUCAACCCAAAACUACAGCUCGUUGACACUCCAAAACCGUCACGUGCGAUCCAACUCUGAAACUAAAAACACGAUUCUAAAAAAUAAAGAAAUGACGGCGCUAUCGCUUUGUUCUCCUCAAAUGAAUAGGCGAUUCAGCAACCGACCUGACCUCCUAAACGGCGCACCGUGCAGCGAUCAGCGACUGUUCAGUCCACCUCUGUCGGAACGAAAAACCUUUAGAAAAGAUAGCGCCAGUCCCACCCCAAAAACCCAGAACCAUGUGAGGUUUAAAGAUGAAGUAACUGACGACAUUCCGACCCCACCAUCGCCACCGACGGUCAAGUUUCCAGACUUCAGCGGGGGCAAUAACGGGCACGUGUCUAUUGAAAAUCUCUUGUGUAAAACGGAGGUUGCCGUAGACGGGUUGCUGCAACGGCUGCAUCAGGUGGCGCAGAAGUGUUCCCACCAACACGCUCAUGGCGGUGGCGAGGAUAUAGAUGAAGUUAAGUUUCAGCGUGCUCGCAGCGAGCUGACGUCGUGCGCUGUGUCUCUGGUCGGUACGUCCCGUACACUCGUAGGUGCGUUAGGUUCUGCCAGCGGACCCACUGCCGCCGCUUCCUUGGCGGACUGUUUAGCACCUCUGAGGAGAUUGGCUGAUCUUGCUCAGGCACUUGGUAGACAUACAUCAUCACCGCUCCAGACACGUAAUUUAGUUCUCCGAGUUCACGAUGUGACGGCGGCCUUCAAAGACCUGGCAGGAGCUGAAAUGGCACAAAUAAUACACGAGCACAACGCCAAAGCCUCGCAGGGUCACGGACAAGAAAACAGUUCCACCUUAGAAGGACAGUUGGCCUUACGCGCCGAAUGCCUCGCUAAUGUUCUGGCCACACUGCUCAGAAGCCUACGGGUAUUUUCACCGUAA